UUAUAGUAAUUCAGGCAAAAAUAAUAUUGUAUUACCGCUGGGACCACCGCCCUUCCCCUCCACAACCAAGCAUUGUUCUUCGUUUCAAUUUUCAAAAGUUUUUUAAAAGAAUAAAAUCUUUUUUUUUUGAAAAAGUAUUAAAUAUUAAAUUAUUAUAUAUUUUUCUUUCGUUUUCUAUCUCCCCUUCCUCUGCAGAAUUCUCUCUGGUAGUAAUCUGAAAUCGAUUUCUUUUUCUGAAGGUUCUCUCUCUGAAACUCUUCCAUUUUCCUUGUUUUAAACGAACAUCGUUUAGACAUUGGCGAUCUGCUUCCAUUUCUUGCUUCGUCGCUUUGGUUAUCGGAUGUGAGUUUCAUCUCUCUCAGUCUCUCUCAGUGUCUUUCUUUUUGUCUUCAUCUUUUCUUUGGAAAAAAGUUGCGUAAUUUUGUUGUUAAUGUUCAAUUGUUGUUUCGCUUUUUUUUUUCUUUUUCCUUGAGCUGCAUAUUUCUUUCACAUUGGAAUGCACUUGAAGUUUUCGUCUUAAUUCCUGUUUGUCUUCCGAGAAAACGGAGAGGUAGAAGUUGCCGAAAGUUCUUUGAUAUUUCUUAUUAAUUUUGGUGCUCUCUUUAAUGAUAGAAGUGGUCAAAAGAUAGAGACUGAUUCGAAUUCGGCUAUGGUGUGUCUAUGCGGUUGAAUUUAGCCGUGGCCGAGUGCUUGCGUUCGUAUAAUUAUAAUAUCUUAUUUUCGUAGAUUUGUUAUUCUAUUUUUCUUAAUAAAAAGAAUACGCGCCUUUUUUUUUUUUUGGUCAAAAUACGCGCCCUUUUCUCGGUCUCAUAGACUCGUUGGUUUUAGAUGAUACGAACUGGUUGCAGCUUGUAGAAGCUGCAUUUGAGGAUGUUGAUAAUUUUCUGGGUGAUACUCAAUCAUUCUUAUAAUGAGAAGUCGGUUCCUGUCAACAUCAUACAUUUCAUGCUACAGUUUAGCUGCAGUAAACCGUGUAUGCAAGCUAGUGGUCAUGCCUAUGUCGAUACAGUCGACAUCUCUAUUUGGAGGUUGUUAGAAGUACAUUGACAAAUUGUUGAUUAUUAUCUGCUACAACUGCAAUAAUGGAAAGGUAUAAAAUUUUAGAAGAGCUUGGAGAUGGCACCUGUGGUAGCGUGUUCAAAGCCUUCAAUAUAGAAACAUUUGAGAUUGUUGCUGUUAAGAAAAUGAAAAGGAAGUUCUACUUUUGGGAAGAGUGUAUGAAUCUAAGAGAAGUCAAGGCCCUUUGUAAGCUAAAUCACCCUAAUAUUGUAAAGUUAAAGGAGGUUGUCGGGGAAAACAAUGAACUAUUCUUCAUUUUCGAGUACAUGGAGCAUAAUCUUUACCAAAUCAUGAAAGAGCAACAAAGACCUUUUUCUGAAGGGGAGAUACGCAGCUUCAUGUCUCAGAUGCUGCAAGGACUUGUCCACAUGCAUGGGAAUGGAUAUUUUCAUCGAGAUCUGAAACCUGAAAACUUGCUGGUCACCAAGGAUUUUCUCAAAAUUGCUGAUUUUGGACUGGCGAGAGAAGUAUUGUCAAUGCCUCCUUAUACAGAAUAUGUUUCCACUAGGUGGUACCGUGCUCCCGAAGUCUUGUUGCAGUCUUCCUAUUACACUACUGCAAUUGAUAUGUGGGCUGUUGGUGCAAUAUUAGCAGAGCUUUUCACAUUGUCUCCUAUUUUCCCUGGUGAAAGUGAAAUUGAUCAACUAUACAAGAUAUGCUGUGUUCUGGGUGCACCAGAUUGGACUUCUUUCCCUGAAGCAACAAAUAUCUCUCGUCUAAUCAAUAUAAGCUAUUCUGACAUAUCACCUACCAACCUAUCGGAUAUCAUGCCCAAUGCCAGCUCAGAGGCUGUUGAUUUAAUCUUGCAACUUUGCUCAUGGGACCCAUUAAGGAGGCCAACGGCAGAACAGGCAUUGCAGCAUCCUUUUUUUAAUGUGGAUGUGCAUGUUCCUCGUCCGCUACUGUGUGAUCCACUUGAGCUGAGGCUAAACAACAUGGGGGCAAAACCAAAUCUUGAGUUGAAUGUAUGGGAUUUCGGCACUGAACCUGAUGAUUGUUUUCUGGGUUUGACACUUGCUGUGAAACCAAGUGCUUCAAACUUAGAAAUGGUUCAUACCGUCUCUCAAAGUAUGGAGGAGGAUAUACUGUUUUGUCCUAGACUGAACGAUCAUCCAGAGCAAUCAGUGUUUUGGUCAUUGCUGACUCCUGAUCAAAAUAGAAUUCACACGCCAGCUGGAUCUUCAUUGUCUCUCUCAUUCAAUUCGAUCCAGCACGCACCAAUUGGAGUUCCGCAAUCUGCUGGGUUUGCAAUCACAUCAUUGCAGCCUAACGUUUUAGAACGUCAAUGGUUUGCAGUGCCAAUCCCCUUUCAGCAAGCUCAUUUUACCUUGGACUGAAUUGAAUUGGUAAAAUCCUAUAUGAUAAGGGGGGGCCGUGGAUGUAAUGUAAUUUCAUUUGAUUCUUGUAGAGUUCCAUUUAGCAUUCUCAUAGCUGCUUUUACUAAUUGUGCUAUCUAAGCUUUGCCAUGUAUCCGUCAGUCAAAAUCGGUUCCUUGGGAUGGGAUGCAAGUUUUUUCAGAUUUUAUUACUCAAAUAUAGGAAAUUAAUUACUCCUUUUACAGUAAAAACAAAAUUGGCCAAAUAUAAGUGUACUCAAAUCAAAAGAACAACUUUUUUCUCAGCUA